AUGGAAGCCUUCAAGUCUCAGAACAACCUCCUCCACAGGGAGAAACCUGGGCCAGCGUCCGUCACUAUCCCAGCCUCUCCCUUCAUGCAGAAGCUUGGAUUCGGCACGGGGGUCAAUGUCUACUUGAUGAAGAGAUCUCCCAGAGGUUUGUCUCGCUCCCCUUGGGCUGUGAAGAAAAUUAAUUCCAAAUGCAACAGGAGCCAGCAAAGCAUCUAUCAGCAGAGACUGAACGAAGAAGCCAAGAUCUUAAAAAACCUCCAGCACCCCAACAUCGUGGGUUACCGUGCGUUCACUGAGGCCAACGACGGAAGCAUGUGUCUGGCCAUGGAGUAUGGAGGAGAAAAAUCUCUCAACGAUUUAAUUGAAGAACGAAGAGCACAACGGUUCGGCCCUUUCCCUGCCGCCACGAUUUUCAAAGUUGCUUUGAGCAUGGCGAGGGGGCUGAAGUAUCUUCACAACGAGAAGAAGCUGCUCCAUGGAGAUAUCAAGUCUUCAAAUAUCGUGGUUAAAGGGGACUUUGAAGCCAUCAAGAUCUGUGAUGUGGGAGUGUCCCUGCCCCUGGAUGAGAACAUGACCGUGAGCGACCCGGAGCUGUGCUACAUUGGCACCGAGCCCUGGAAGCCCAAGGAGGCUCUGCAGGAUGACGGCGUGAUCACUGACAAGGCCGACAUCUUCCCUUUUGGGCUGACUCUCUGGGAAAUGAUGACUCUCUCUGUGCCCCACCUCAACCUGGGCGACGACUCUGAGGACGAAGGUUUGUCUCUGUUCCUUGCUG